UCGCGAACAGUUGUGGCUCGAGUUCUGACGAUGUCAUUUCGAAGUUCUACCGAAAGCGUGCGCAAAAUCCAAAUGGGAUGUUAAAUUAAGGCGAUAAAAUGCGACCGCCUUUCACCGCCAAGUGGUUGUUGCUGGUGUCAGUGCUACUGUUGAGUCAGCUGAUCGAAAGUGCAUCCACCCUGCAGUUUGGGGAUUUGCCCAAUUUGAUGAACGAACAUGAGUUGAGUUUUUACUUUGGAAGUGAGCACCGGCAGAAGCUGCCUCCGUUUGAGCUGUUCGUUCCUCGCAGUGAGUCUCCUGACACUCGGACGGAUCGCGGGAGAAAUCUAGUGUUGCGGGUACCCUUCCAGGGUACGGUAGUUAACCUUAAUUUGCAAAGUAGAACUAGUCUAGUGACGGAUAGAACGACGUUUGUGGUUCGUGGUGAGAAUGGUAGUACAGAAGAACUCUUCCAUCGGUCGACAAACAAUUGUCACUAUUUGCAUGUGGAUCACGAGUCAACUGCAGCUGUUACAAGUUGUGAUUUGGAAAAUUAUCACGGCAUUGUCUUCCUCCCGAAUCAGACUUUAGAAAUACAACCCCUUAACAGUCGUCUCCGAAGUCUAGUUCCUUUGUAUGGACCAUUUAUGGUUGAAUCGCAGAAUCUACACCUUAUCAAGAGGACCUCCUUUGAGAACGUAAUAUUUGCCGAUGACUUGCUGAAUCGUAAAAAUCUUCUUACCACACCGAGAAGUACGGACAUCCACCUACUGGGUGAUACGUUAGAUCAAAACAACUACACCCUCGAAGGAUUAGAACAAUUGGAUCGUCCAGAAAACGAAACUGGUAAAUCACGAUUGCGUCGUUUGACGAUUGAACUGGGAUUAUUUUUCGAUGAAGCAGCAUAUCGAAUCUUUGCUCCCCACUUCGAUGGAGAGGACCUUCGGUUGAAGGAUUUCAUUCUGGCCUAUGUGAAUGCUAUUCAAGCUUUGUACCAUCAUCCGUCGUUGGGAACCGCAGUCGAUAUUACUGUAGUCUAUCUGGAGAUUAUGAAACGGCAACCGGUGGCAAUGCCACACUUCAAUGGUGAACGAGACACUCUGCUAGAUUCUUUUUGUGCCUAUCAGGAGAGCUUGAACAUUGGCGAUGAUGGUGAUCCGAACCAUUGGGAUUUGGGACUGUACGUUUCUGGGUUGGAUUUUCAUGCAAUCGAAAACGGACGCAAGAAUAGCGUCACGAUGGGGUUGGCCACGGUCGGAGGGAUAUGCAUCGGGGAGUAUUCCUGUGUGAUCGCGGAGUUUGGUACGACGAGCAUUUUCGGCAAGCCGUAUCCUUCUGCUGGAUUCACAUCAGUGUAUGUUUCAGCUCAUGAGAUUGGACAUAGUUUAGGAAUGCAUCACGAUUCUUCAGGGAAUAGUUGUGCCAAGGAUGGAUAUGUAAUGUCCCCAUCGCGAGGUACACAGGGUGAAACGACCUGGUCUCGGUGCAGUGCAACAGCGAUCCGGGAGUUGACAUGGGCUGAUUGUUUACUCGAUGUACCGGUGAAAACUAAGAAAGAACUGGAUGCAUGGAAAUUUCGUGGUUAUCCUGGACAGAUUUUUACAGCGAAAAAACAGUGCGAGGUACUUUUGAUCGACAAAGAUGCCAUAGCCGUCACUGCACCCAAUCUGGAGCGUAUUUGUCAAAAUUUGCAGUGUCGAACACCGCACCGUACAGGGUUUUACUUUUCCGGUCCCGCACUGGAGGGAACUGAUUGUGGCGCUAGCAAGUGGUGUAUUGGCGGAAGCUGCGUAAAGCAGAAGAAAAAGCCAGUGACCGUCGUUAAGGGAGGCUGGAGUGAGUGGGACAACGGCGAUUGCAACUCGGGUUGUCUGCAACACUCGAAAGGCUUCUUGCAAAGGUCGAGAAAAUGCGAUAGCCCUAAACCGGUCAACACGGACGACGGCUGCCAAGGAAGUUCGUUCGAUGUGAUCAUGUGUGACGAUGAGAAACUUUGCGCGGACAAGAGGCAGCCCAUUGAGGUGUAUGCGUCGAUCAAAUGUCGGGAGUUUAGCAAAUUAUUGACUAGGUUGGACCCUGAAGGUUCGGGAAUUCAAGGCCCAUACGAUGGGCAUCGUUUAUGGAUGAGCUGUGCCAUAUAUUGCAAACGGGCUGAUAGUAAUGCAUACUACGCUCCUCGUUUUGAUUUGAACGAUCUGGGCAUCGACGCAUACUUCCCUGAUGGAACACUUUGUCAUACGGAAGGAACUUUGAACUACUAUUGUCAGCAACAUCAUUGUCUUCCAGAGAACUUCAAGUCAUCCAAAAUCUCAAUCUGGGCCCUAACGGAGGACAUCCCUAUUCCGGGCAACGCACUUCCGAUACGAACGCGCUACCUAGAUAAUGAGUUGUUCAACUAUCUCUCGAUUGACCGUCAUGGCAAGCCGCUUAUCAAACAGUGGAAUUAUUAUCCCAGGCCACACGAGGACGACGGUGAGUGGCCCGAUAUUGACUACCGGGAACUGCCGCAAGAGGUGAAACGUGCCGCCCACCGCCUGCGCUAGAGUAUUAGUACAGUAAAAACGUAGUUGAUAGGCUAGAAUUAUCCUAAUUGGUUCAACCAAAAUAAUCAAAUAUCGCGAAAAUACUUACAGUACAUCUCGAGUGUUUCUCAUCAUGGAGAUCAGUAAACGAUUCCGUGCUAAAUAAAUUAAUUUAUCGAUCAAAUAAUAAGAAGCUUUUUAGCACCUUCGUGUCGUACGUUUUCGUUGUGUUUUUAGAUGGCGGUUUCGUCUGCUCCUGAGCGGCUUAAGUUUAGUUCGUCUCGCUUGAAGGAGUUUCUCCAUCUAAAUGGGAU